GUCAUCAUGUCUGGAAUCAAGAGAACAAUCAAAGAAGCCGACCCUGAUUAUGAGGACAUAUCUGUGGCCCUUCCAAAUAAGCGACAUAAAGCAAUUGAAAAUUCAGCUCGAGAUGCUGCCGUGCAGAAGAUUGAGACUAUUAUCAAGGAGCAAUUUGCUCUUGAAAUGAAGAAUAAGGAACAUGAAAUUGAAGUCAUUGACCAGCGACUGAUUGAAGCAAGAAGGAUGAUGGAUAAACUUCGUGCCUGCAUUGUGGCAAACUAUUAUGCUUCUGCUGGUCUUCUCAAAGUUUCUGAGGGAUCAAAGACAUGUGAUACAAUGGUUUUUAAUCAUCCUGCUAUCAAGAAAUUUUUCGAAUCGCCAUCUAGAUCCUCUUCUCCUGCCAAUCAGAGAUCAGAAACACCAUCAGCCAAUCAUUCAGAGAGUGAUUCUUUAUCGCAGCACAAUGACUUCUUAUCUGACAAAGACAAUAACAGCAAUAUGGAUGUAGAGGAAAGAUUAUCAAGCACCGUGGAGCAGAGACCAAGCCGAAAUACUGGAAGGGAUACUUCCAGUACUACUGGCUCCCAUAAAACAGAGCAGCGGAAUGCUGACCUUCUAGGGGAUGAAACGUCACGACUUUUUGUCAAGAAGACUAUAGUAGUGGGCAAUGUGUCCAAGUAUAUACCUCCAGAUAAAAGGGAAGAAAAUGACCAGUCAACACAUAAGUGGAUGGUGUAUGUCCGAGGGUCUCGUAGAGAACCCAGCAUUAAUCAUUUUGUCAAGAAAGUUUGGUUCUUCCUUCAUCCCAGCUACAAGCCAAAUGACCUCGUGGAAGUUAGGGAACCUCCUUUUCAUCUGACUAGAAGAGGCUGGGGUGAAUUUCCUGUCAGGGUUCAAGUUCACUUCAAGGACAGCCAAAAUAAGAGGAUAGAUAUCAUACAUAAUCUGAAGUUGGAUAGAACAUAUACUGGCUUGCAGACUCUUGGAGCAGAAACAGUAGUGGAUGUUGAGCUCCAUCGACAUUCUCUUGGCGAAGACUACGCUUAUCCUCAAGCCUCUGAAUCAGAUGUCUCUGAUGCCCCUCCAUCUUUGCCUUUAACCAUUCCAGCCCCGGUGAAAGCUUCUUCGCCAGUAAAGCAGUCACAUGAGCCGGCAGCAGAUACCUCUGGAGAAAAAGGAUUCCCAGCUAAUAACACCGAAGCUGAGAGACAUACUGCAUUUUAUUCUUUACCAUCUUCAUUGGAACGAACACCCACCAAAAUCACAUCUCAGAAGGUUACCUUUUGUUCUCAUGGCAAUUCAGCUUUCCAGCCAAUAGCAUCAAGCUGCAAAAUUGUACCACAGAGUCAGGCUCCCAAUCCUGAAUCACCUGGAAAGUCUUUUCAGCCUAUCACGAUGAGCUGCAAGAUUGUCUCAGGUUCCCCAAUAUCAACUCCAAGUCCAUCACCACUGCCACGAACUCCAACUUCUACUCCAGUCCAUGUGAAGCAAGGCACUGCCAGUUCUGUUAUUAGCAAUCCUUAUGUUAUCAUGGACAAGCCUGGGCAGGGUAUUGGUGGCACCACUCCCAGUACAGGAAGUCCUACAAGCAAGCUCUCCGUAGCCUCCCAGGCCUCCCAAGGAACAGGUUCACCUAUUCCUAAAAUUCAUGGAAGUGGUUUUGUAACAUCUACUGUCAAGCAGGAAGAUUCUUUGUUUGCAUCUAUGCCACCUCUUUGCCCAAUUGGAAGUCACCCUAAGGUUCAAAGCCCCAAACCUAUAACGGGAGGACUUGGAGCUUUCACAAAGGUGAUCAUUAAACAGGAACCUGGUGAAGCCCCCCACGUGGCCACGUCAGGAGCUGCCAGCCAGUCACCACUCCCCCAGUACGUGACUGUGAAAGGGGGUCAUGUAAUCGCUGUGUCGCCACAAAAGCAGGUCCUAACUGCUGGAGAAGGGUCUGCCCAGUCUCCAAAGAUUCAACCCUCCAAGGUUGUUGGGGUGCCAGUUGGAACUACGUUACCUUCAGCAGUGAAGCAGGCUGUGGCCAUCGGUGGUGGUCAGAUCCUUGUUGCCAAGGCCAGCUCUUCUGUUGCCAAAGCAGUUGGUCCAAAGCAAGUUGUGACCCAAGGAGUUGCCAAGGCAAUUGUGAGUGGCGGUGGAGGAACCAUUGUAGCUCAGCCCGUGCAAACCUUAACCAAGGCGCAGGUCACUACUGCUGGUCCUCAGAAGAGUGGAUCACAGGGUUCAGUGAUGGCAACGUUGCAGCUACCAGCCACAAAUUUGGCUAACUUGGCGAAUUUACCUCCUGGCACCAAACUCUACCUUACCACAAACAGCAAGAAUCCUUCAGGAAAAGGAAAAUUACUGCUGAUCCCUCAAGGAGCCAUCCUCCGCGCUACCAACAAUGCUAACCUCCAGUCGGGCUCAGCUGCUGGUGCUGCUUCUGCUGCUGCUGGUGGAGGAGGCGGCAGCUCAGGAGGCGGAGGUGGUGGAGUAGGCGGAAGUGGAGGGACGCCGAGUGCAGGCCCCGGAGGGGUAGCCCAACACCUGACAUACACAUCCUACAUUCUCAAGCAAACUCCACAGGGCACAUUUUUAGUUGGUCAGCCGACACCUCAGACAUCUGGAAAACAGCUGGCAACUGGAUCAGUGGUUCAAGGAACACUAGGAGUCAGUACAUCUUCUGCACCAGGACAGCAAACUUUAAAAGUUAUCUCUGGACAAAAAACCACAUUGUUUACACAGGCAGCCUCUGGGGGACAAGCGUCAAUAGUGAAGAUGUCUGAUAAUUCCUUGAAGUCUGUGCCAGCCACCUCCCAACUCUCAAAGCCUGGGACCACAAUGCUGAGGGUGGCAGGAGGCGUCAUCACUACCGCCACGUCCACAGCUGUGGCUCUCUCCUCCAAUGGCCCUACACAGCAGUCUGAAGGUACCACCCUCACUUCACCAUCUGCUGUAGGUUCCGUCAUGAAGACCUCUGGGCAGCAACCAGUGUGUGUGAGCCAGGCAGCAGUGGGAACCUGCAAAGCUGCUGUGCCCAGUGUUGUCAGUGCCACGUCCCUCGUGUCCACACCAACCCCCAUCCCUGGGAAAGCCACAGUGUCGGGACUGUUAAAGAUCCACUCCAGCCAGUCCAAUCCCCAGCAGGCUGUCCUGACGAUUCCUAGCCAGCUCAAACCACUCAGUGUCAGUACAUCUGGAGGUGUGCAGACUAUCCUCAUGCCUGUGAAUAAAGUAGUUCAGUCAUUUGCUGCCACCAAAUCGCCUACCAUUGUUCCUGUAGCUGCCCCGGCUCCAGUAGUCCCCAGCUCUGCCCCAGCAGCUGUAGCAAAAGUGAAGACUGAACCAGAAACACCUGGGCCAAGCUGCCUCUCUCAGGAGGCUCAGACCGCAGUGAAAACAGAAGAAAGUUCUGAGCUGGGAAACUAUGUCAUUAAGAUAGACCAUUUAGAAACCAUCCAGCAACUCUUAACAGCAAUAGUAAAGAAGAUCCCAUUAAUCACCGCAAAAAGCGAAGAUGCCGGCUGUUUUUCUGCGAAGUCUGUGGAGCAGUACUAUGGUUGGAACAUUGGAAAACGGAGGGCCGCUGAGUGGCAAAGAGCAAUGACAAUACGGAAAGUCUUACAAGAAAUACUGGAGAAGAAUUCAAGGUUCCACCAUCUGACGCCCCUGAAGACCAAGCACAUUGCUCACUGGUGUCGUUGCCAUGGCUACACGCCCCCUGACCCUGAGAGCCUGCGGAGUGACACUAUCGAGGAUGUACUGACCCAGAUCGACAGCGAGCCAGAGUGCCCAUCAUCAUUCUCCUCUGCUGACAACCUUUGCCGGAAAUUAGAGGACCUUCAGCAGUUUCAGAAAAGAGAACCAGAGAAUGAGGAGGAGGUAGAUAUUCUCAGCCUCUCAGAGCCAUUGAAGAUCAGCAUCAAGAAAGAACAGGACGAAAAACAGGAGGAAAUGAAAUUCUACCUGCCUCCAACCCCAGGGUCUGAAUUUAUUGGUGAUGUCGUGCAGAAGAUUGGGAUCACCCUCCAGCCCGUGGCGCUCCACAGGAACGUGUAUGCUUCGGUGGUCGAGGACAUGAUUCUGAAGGCUACAGAGCAGCUGGUGAGUGACAUCCUGAGACAAGCCUUGGCAGUCGGAUACCAGACGGCAUCGCACAACAGGAUUCCCAAAGAAAUUACAGUGAGUAAUAUUCAUCAGGCCAUUUGCAACAAUCCUUGCCUGGACUUCCUCACAAACAAGCAUAUGGGGAUCUUGAAUGAGGAUCAGUGA